GUUCUUGACUUUCACGGAAAAAUUUAGCAGCCAUGGCCGACCGGCGGAGACGCGUUGUGAUUGAUGACGAUGAAAAUUAUACAUCAAAAGCUUCCAAUAAGCGCGGUGCAUCCACUAAUGGCCAAUCCUCAGGAUCACUGAAGCGAACAAUGAGAGACGACGACAGCGACCAGGAUUCAGACCAUCAAGCGUCAGCAUCAUCGCGUUCAGCAGGACUCAGAAAUGGCGCGGAUAUACCUCCAGAAGAUUUCGAAAGACUUGUCAAAGAUGUAGUACGCCUGGCAAUCUUCACAUCUCAUUCUGAACAAGCUCUAAAAAGAGAGGAUAUAAAAAAUGUGUUGAAUGACCACACAAGACUAUUUGACGUUGUUAUCCAAAAAGCUCAGGAGAGACUUCGGGAUGUAUUUGGAAUGGAGAUGGUAGAACUCUCAACAAAGGGCCGUACUAAGAAUGCAAAUGAGAAGGGAACCAAAACAUAUAUGCUCAAGAAUAUCCUUCCGGUAGAUCUCAUUACAGCUGAUGUCAUUGACUGGGGACAGGAGCUCGAAGAUAUUGGACUAUUGAUGGUUAUUUUAAGCCUGAUCAUGGUUCGCCAAGGAGCUAUUUAUGAGAGUGCACUGAUGUCUCAUUUUCGGAGACUGUUGCUUUUAGAGGAUAACUCUCCUUUUGGAGAUAUUCAUAAGAAAUUGGACAUUUUAAUUCGGAAGCGGUACCUAGAAAAAUUCAAGUUAGAACAUAUGGAUGAUUCUGGAGAAAAGGUCGAGAUGGAGUAUCGGUGGGGUGCACGCGCCAGGAUUGAGGUCCCAGAAAUGAAUGUUGUGAAGUUUAUACAAGAGGUAUUUGGUCGUGAAGCUCCAUUAGAGCUAGAGUCAAGCAUUAUGAAGGCUGCUGGUAUCAAAGCCAAGGAUGCUGCUUAAUAUCGAUAAACGCGCUGCUAUUUUUCUAUUAAUUUGUAUAAUUAUGAAUUAU